UAUAUAUAGACAGCAAGAACUGACCAAUCCUCAAACUAACUCGUUCUUUCUACUUGUCUUCUUUAUUAGUCAUUGUCUGAAAUUGAAAAUGGCAAGUCCACACCAUGUAGGAAAUCCUUCCGCAGAAUUCAUCAAGGAUGGAAAGGGGCAGAUGAUCAUUCAACCGAAAGAUCUUAACAUUGUUUGGGGUAGAGACGAUCGCUAUUGGACCGUACCCAACAAAGCGAAUUUGGCUGAAUUGCAUCAAGUGAGUUGGCUAGAAGUUACUGGUUCCGUCAAUGGAAUAAGUCCCAGCAAGAUCUAUGAAGUGGGCUUUCGUCUGUCGUUAACUCCAGAUGCAUUUGGAUGGGGCAGCUCUCCGGUCUACAUUAUGGUUAAGAGAGGGAAAUAUGGGAAAUUCGCAUGGCGUAAAAUUCUCUUGGACGCUUAUGCAACAAUGCAGUUUGAGAUUACAGUGACGUUGAAGAAGGCUGAAAUACCAGACGAAGAGAAGCUUUACUUUGGUCUGUAUGAAGUGUGGAGUGGGAAGUGGAAGGGAGGGCUCAAAAUUUACCAUGCAUUUAUCAAGGAAUUGGAGUGAAGAUGGACAAAUUGAACUGUCUCUGAGGUUGAUGCUUUUCUUUUUGCUUGUACUUAUUGCUUAUUCAACCACCAGAGAGAGAGAGAGGCUUGUGACACUUGAGAGCAUUAUUUCUAUAAAUAUUAGUCAGUAAUAUACAAAUUGAGAAAUUGUGUACAUCUUGCGCUCUGAAUUCAAAUGGUUGAGAGUGUAUUUUGCUUUUUAUCUAAUAAAGGUUAAUGAAGUGGUGAUGCUACAUAA